AUGGCAGGAUACACCGCACACAGGAGGCAGAGAGCACUUCUUUCAUCCACACAAAGCCCAAUUCAAGGGAUUUCAUCUGUUUGCUUCCAGGCUUCGGGAUCCGUGAGCUCUGAGGGAGGACGAAAUGGACCGCAAGCCUGGAAUCCGAAAGCCGAGAUGGACACAUGCCACGCUGGACCUCAUCCCGUGUUGAGAGAUCCCACACGCAGGCGUGGAAGCGCGCCGGAGUCCUUCAGCUCCUCGAUAUCGUCCAUCACUAUCACUUCCAGGAAGGUCACGCACACAAACUCCAGGCCUCCGAGUCCAGCGAUGAACAGCCUCGCCGAUGGACACAGAAAAGCUUUAGCGGUCAAAGUCACUGAACAGAGGAUGAAAAGCACUUCUAGCCAGACCAUCGCCUCGACCUCUGGCUCUGAUCGUGAAGAGAAGGACCACGGCGUAGUACUGAGAAGAAAGGCAACCAUUGUGAAAAUGACUGAACAGAGAGAGCGUUUCAGUCCAGCGAAAUACAGACACAGCUACACUGAAGGACUCCAUAAUGAAUCCAAAGUCAAUCCCUCACCAUCAAACCAACCGUGCCAGCACAGAUCUAGCCUGUCUCUCUUCCUCAACAACCCAAACGAAAGCAGCGCGGCAGGGGAGAGCGACACCAAAGCGUCCAAGCCUCCUCGACGGCCUCUCAGCUGCGACGCAAGUCUGUUUAACUGCACACAACUUGGCAGUAAUGCAGUUACACAUCCAGUGUUUCACAACCAGAGCUCUCCUGUUCCCCAGAAGACAAAUAUUGACCUUGUUAGAUCCAGCAUCGGCGAAGCAAGAAGGCGCUGGGCCUCCGGUGGCGAGGUGGGCAUUGUGAAGAAAGAGUGGGGUCGUGAGGAACCUGUUUCAGGAAUCAAUCCUCUCACACUACUAAAAGCAGAAGAUACCUCGGCUGAUCUGAGCGCAGACGCCGUCCUGGCCCUGAACGCUGCUGCGGUUAUCGCCAACAUAAAGCUGCAGGCCCAGCAGAGACGAACUACAUCCCACACAGCAACAGCAGUGUGUUUAUCAGAAGAUAUAAGGCAAAGUGAACACAGAGAGCUCAAAGAAGAGAGUGCUGGUGCUGAUGGAAAGAAAAAAACAUGUCCAGCAGAUCAAUGUGUGGAUUUUGUCCCAUUCGAGUCCCAAAAUGACCUGUCUGAAACUGCUUUGGCUCCACUGUCACUUAGUGAGGCUUUAGCGAGCAGACGGCCUGAUUUCAUCCAGCGCUCACAGGCCAGGGUUCGAGCCCUGGAGAGAAGGUCACAGGAGAGGCAGAACUCCCUCAGCUCACCACAGACACUCCAGAGCGGAGAAAGCCUUGUGAAAUCCAAAGACAGAAGCAUCAUGGGAAAGAGUCUACAGCUGCAGUCCAGGAGGAGUUAUAACCAGCUGCCUCAUGUGAAGAAGAGGAGAGAGGAAGAAAAGAGGAAAAUAGAAGAGGAGAAAAGAAAACUGGCAUCUCGGACCAACAGGCUGCGGGCAGAGCUCUUUAAAAAGAAACUUCUGGAGCAGAUUUUGCAGAGGAGAGGAAAUCACUGACACCGUCUUGGACUCGUGUUUCUUCUCACUCCACAGUUCUCAUGCCGGCCCUUGAAAGAUAUGACACGACAUUAGUUAUAAAUGUUCUGGAAUAGUUCUUUCCAGAACGAAUGUGCCUCAAACAUGCAGCCUCAUGUGGCUCUGGAUUACAUCUUCUCUCUCUAUACAUACAUUACUGGUUAAAAAUGUGGAAUAAUUAUGGUUUUAAUGUUACAGCGUAGGCUUAUAUUCAGUUAGACUGCAUUCCUUUGCUCAAAAAUACAGUAACAACUGUAACAAAUUUGAAACAUUAUCACAAUUUUCUGUAAUUUAUUCCUGUGAUACAAAGCUGAGUUUACUUCUCAGUCUUCAGUGUCACAUGAUCCUUCAGAAAUCAUUCUAAUGCGCUGAUUUGCUGCUCAAGAAACAUUGAAAUCCGUGUUUGCUGCUUCAUAUUUUACAGAAACGUUGCAUUUUUCAGUCGUACAGAUUCCCGACAGAAUCACAUGGCAAACACAAGACAUCAGAAGAGUCUUUUAGGCUUCUCGGAGAUGCUACAGUUGCCAUAUUGACAGAUUGUUUGCUCUUUCUGUGCCUCUAUCUCUGUCAUAUUAUAUUAUGCAAGAGACACAACAUAAAAGAGCACAUUACAGCUCCAGUCCUCAUCGCUAAAAGCCUAAAAUCCAACAUUUGGAGACAUUCUUAUAAGAUGAAGGGCCUAGUCCCGCUCUCAUGCAGUCGUAGGGUCUGCGGGCUCAUUAUGACAUCAGUCGCCUUCCUCUGUCCGUGUCUCUCCGAGCCAUUAGCCAGGAGCAAAAGGAAUUUGACCUCGUCUGAAUAGGAAUGCAUCACUAAUGGAGCCGAGUGCUUGCGCGGGUGAAAGAGGCUUUUGUCCUCUCUCCGAAUGAGCCGAGACUGUCCCAUAUGUGCCUGCUUAGACGGGACGCGACUGUGUAAUAGCCUUGCAGUAAAACUUGAUUCGAUAGACUUCAUAUCAUGUCCUGUUAUUGUGUUUGGUAUUUGGUAUCAAAGCAAUGCAGCAAACCUUCUAUUAAAUUUAAUAUUUGAAAUCGCCAAUGAAAUCUGACAACUGUCUAAAUUUUGCUUAAAUAACAUUAAAAAGCUUAUUUUUCAGGUUAGACCAGCCAAUGAGCAUUUGCAGUUAAACACACAUUCCCCAAUCAAAGCUUCUAACUGCAGCUGCAGUGACACGAUGACUUUACUGAUUAGUGAUUGGCUCUUUUAUUCAGAAGGCGGGACUAUUCCACCAUACAAUGCAUUGCUUUUUUUUCAUAAGUCAUGUAAAUGUGUACAGUCUUUGUAUGUCUUUAAAGCCUUCACUGAAGUCUUUGGUACAAUAAAAUUGUCUGUUUACAGGUUACUCAAGGGUGCGCUAUCAUUUUAAAAGAUGUAAUUCAGGUAAAUAGCCAUAAAUAUGACACAUAUUGGCUUCACAGACUGGUUUUAAUGUU